AUGGAUUACUCUAUACGCAUAUCUAAUUUAAAUCAUUCAACGAGUCAUUUUGGAAGUCUUAAUUCAACACCUGCUCUUCCACCAAAUAACACCGGACGAAAAAGACCUCGUAGUAAUAGUAUGAACAAAAGUGACCAAACGCAAAAAACAGCACGACUAUUAAGUCCGCCACGGCAACGUGGUUCUUCUUCGACUUCACUUCCGAGUCCUCCAUUAGCUUGUAAUGAAGUUCGUCUUACUGUUCAAGACUUUGAGCCUUCGGACCUCAUGGACUGUGAUAAUACUCAAUUCGAUGAAAUUUUGGAUGCUGAAAUGGUUUUCGAUGGCCUUAAACAUGUUGAUAGAUUUAAAGCCUAUUUGUGUUCUAUGACUGUUAAUAUUCAAAAUGGAUCAUUAGAAA